AUGAAAUCCUUCGAUGUGCUGGUCUACUCCGGCCACGGUGGAAAACCUCAAAUCUCAAUUGGGAGGGAGAAGAAGGACCAGCAGCCACAGUACUAUAAGCUCGGACGAGGCAACCUCACCCUGACGAAUAGCAUGGAGGCAAGAACUCUGGUGCGUGUCAUUCGAGGCUUCAACUCUAAGACCAUGAAGAAUCAGCAAGAUGAAACUCAAGUGACCGUCUAUUUCUAUGAUGGGCUGUACUUUGUACGGAGUGUGAGCCAGGAGAGAGGGCAACUUGGAAAGCUUGUGUUUAAAAUGGAGCUGGUGAGGAAUCCUGAUCAGCCAAAUGUGGUACCUGUGGCGGUUUCAAGAGGCGGUGGGGAGAAGAAUACUAUGAAGAAGAAAGCCAACCUAGGAAAAGAUUGUCCAGAAGGACAUUUUAUAAGGGAACGAGAAGAUUGCAGUCUCUGUUGUGAAUGCUUGGGAUGGUGA